AUUGGCAGCGUAGGUUAUGCUACUCGAGGYCAAUUUUUUCUUCUGAUACUAAGCCCAACGAAGUUGCUUUGCGCUGUUUCGGACUGGUUGGGAGAUGGCGGCAGUUCUGCUCCAAGUUUUGGAGCGUACAGAGCUUAAUAAACUUCCUAAAGCUGCUCAAAACAAAUUAGAAAAGUUCCUUACUGACCAAAAGAAUGAAAUCGAAUCCCUCAAAACGCAGCACGAGCGGUUCAAAGCGGACUGUGAGCAGCAAUACUUUGACGUUGAGAAGAGAUUGGCAGAGAGUCAGGAGCAGAUUGUGUCUCACACCCGGAAUUACCAGACUCUCAAAGAGGAGAAUACCAAACUCAUCGAAGAGCUGAACAAUCUGAAAGGUGUGGAUGUGGAAUCGUCAGAGGAGAAGGAAUCACAGCAGCCGAGCAAAGCCAAAUAUGAGAUUGAGGCCGAAAGGCGGGAACUGGCUCGUCUGCUUGAAAAGAGAACUCAAGAAGUGGAAAAUCUCACCGAGGAUGUCAAGCGGCUCAAUGRCAAGCUGGUGGAGACCAACACAGCCAAAAUAGAUCUACAGCUCAAACUGGAUGAGAUCCAAUCUUCUGAGGUCUCCAUUCAGCACCGUGAGAAACGUAUGGAGCAGGAGAAGGAGCUGCUGCAGAAUCAGAACACGUGGCUGAACUCUGAACUGAAGACCAAGACAGAGGAGCUGCUAUCAGUCUCCAGGGACAAGGGCAAGGAGAUCCUGGAGCUCAAGUGCAGCUUUGAGUGCAAGAAGGACGAGGUCAUAAGACUUCAAACCCAAGUCACCAAUCUGAAGAAGAGCAGUGAGAACCUGCAGAAGCGAGUGGAGGACCUGAUGACAAAACUGAAAGAGGCUAAAGACCAUCAUAGCACCAUGGAGGAGAAGUACCGCAAUGAACAGAAUGCCCACAUCAAGCUCUCCAACUUGUACAAGGGGUCAGCGUCAGAUGCAGAGUCCAAGAACGAGGAGUUGAACAGGGCCGUGGAGGAGCUGCACAAGCUGGUGAAGGAGGCUGGUGAUGCGAGACAGAACAUGGAGAAGAAGCUGGCAGACAUGGCGGGGUCAAAGAGCAAACAGGAGGCUGAGAUGAAGGAGAAGUUUAAGAAGAUGGAGCUGGAGAACGCCAACCUGCGUGCCUCAGAUAAGAAAAGAAGCAUGCCAGUGCUCACAGAGGAAGAGUUGGACUCCAUGUGUCCGACCGCAGCUGCUGUGGCCAAGAUUGUCAAGCCUGGAAUGAAGUUCAUGGAGCUGUACAACGCAUUCGUGGACGUCCAGGACCAGUUGCUCGUGGAGAAGCAGGAGAACCGGCGUGUGACGCGCGUGCUGGACGAGAUCGUGCAGGAGGUGGAGGAGAAGGCGCCCAUCCUAAAGCGCCAGCGGGAGGAGUAUGAGAGCAUGCAGAGGUCCAUGAACAGCCUCUGUGCCAAACUGGAACAGGCCAGGACGGAGAUCCACAGCCUGCAGAAAGAGACAGAUGAGGCCAAAAAGCACUGCUCCAACCUGGAGAAGGACAACCAGCACUCUGAGAGAGAGCUGGAGGACAUGUCCCAGCAGGUGCGUGUCCUGCUAGUGGAGCUGGAGGAGGCGCGUGGCAACCCGGUGGUCCGCGAGGAGACGAUGAACCUGAGCAGCAGCUCUGAGAUCAUCAACCCGCGGCAGGUUUCCUUCCGCAGUGUGGAGGAGUUGCAGCGGCAGAACCAGAGCAUGCUGGCACGUCUCCGGGAGCUGGGGGAGAAGAUGGAGAGAGAGCAGACCGAGGCCAAGUCUGCACGUGUGACCCAGCUGGAACAGCAGCUAGAGAAGGUCCAGAAGGAGCUGGAGAUUAUAAAGGAGCAGAGAAACCAGCAAAAGCAGUUGGCUGACUCCAACGGCCGCCAGAGAGACAUGUACCGCAUCCUGCUGUCCCAGAGCACCGGCUUCAACCUCCCACCACAAGGUCCUACACAGGAGGCAGCCCCCCAGACGUACACCCCCAGCCGGCCCUCCUUCCCCCCUCCCACCAGGUCCACCCCCAUGAGGGCUUCAGCCGCUGAGUCUUCCCAGACCAUCCAGGCCAAGGCUGCUCUCAAACAGUUGAACGACUCCUUCACCACAUACAAGAAUGAGAAGGCGGUGAACGACAGGAUGCUGAACGAGCAGAACGAGAAGCUACAGGAGCAGCUGUCUGCGGUCCGCUCCCAGAAGGCCAAGCUCUCCACACAGCUGGAGUUCGCCUCCAAGAGGUACGAGAUGCUGCAGGAGAAUGUAAACGGCUACAGGCGGGAGAUCGCUGCUCUGCACGAUAAGAGCCAGAAGAUGGCCGCCACGGCUCAGAAACAUGAGCAGAUCAUCCACACCAUGACCCAGGAUCUCCGGGCAGCCAAUGAGAAGCUGGCCAUGGCAGAGGUGCGUGGUGAGAACCUGAAGAAAGAGAGAGACAUGCUGAAGUCAGCAGAGUCCAGACUGAACCAGGAGAAGGAAGCCAUGAUGGCUGAGCAGCGCAACCAGAACCUCCUGCUCACCAACCUCAAGUCCAUCCAGCUGACGAUGGAGCGUACUGAGACCGAGACCGGGCAGCGUCUGAACAGCCAGAUAGAGAGACUGGAGAGAGAGCUCACCCAGUUUAAGAAGAAACUGGCUGAGGAGGUGGAGCAGAGGCACACGCUGGGCCGUAACCAAGAUGCUCAACUGCUGGAGGCCAAGAAGCAGCUAGAGGCCCAGUGUGCCCUGCACCAGAAGACCAAGGAGCUUUUGAAGAAUGCUGAGCAGCAGGCUAACCUUCUGAAACAACAGCUCAGCCAUGCUGARAGCCAGAACCAGGGUUCAGGUCUGGGCCAGGGUCAGAGCCUGGGCCAGACCAACUCCCGGGCACCCAUCAGAGCACCGUUAAGAGCUCCAUCUCAGACCCUAGCUCAGGCCCAGUCCCAGGCUACCCAGGAGGCCCAGGCCAAGCUCCAGGCAGAACUAGAGGAGGUGCGCGGGCGUCUGCAGCAGGCCGAGAAGCAGAUCAGCGAUCUGCAGGAGCGCCUGCAGAACGCGAGCACUAACGUGGAGCAGUACCGCAUCGUGGUGCUCAGCCUGGAGGAGUCCCUCAGCAAAGAGAAACAGGCUCGUUCUCCUGUGGAGACUCGUCUAAAGGAGGCCCAGGAGUUCCAGCGUGGGCUGGAAAAGAAGCUGGUGGAGGCUGAGAAGGAGAAACAGGAGCUCCGUGAGGAGAAGAGGAAGGCCGUGGACAUUGUGGAGAAACAGGUGAAUGAACUGAAGAGGACUAUGAAAAACUUGCAGUCAGAGCUGCAGGAGGCUGAGGAGAGGAAGGCUGCAGCCGUCACCCAGGAACAGAAGGCCAUGCAGGACAGCCUGCAGCAGGGCAAGCUGGCAGCGGAGGCCCAGAACAAGUACGAGCGGGAGCUGAUGCUGCAUGCGGCUGAUGUGGAGGCGCUACAGGCGGUCAAGAAACAAGGCCUGCAGGGGAACCAGAGCAGGAAGCAGCUGGAGGACAAGGCCAAACAGAUCACCACCCAGCUACAGGAGGCUCGCACCAACUGGAACCAGCUGGAGAAGAAACUCAAGGAGGACCUGUCCAAGCAGCAGAAGCGGGCAGAUGAGCUGCAGAAGCAGAAUGGCCUGCUGCACCAGCAGAUGGAGAGCCUGGGAGCCAAAAUGGCCGCCACAGUACAGCAGCAGCAACAGGCUAGUAGGGAGAGCAGCCUCAACCUGUCCUUCAGCGAAGAGGGCAAGUCCCAGGAACAGAUCCUGGAGAUCCUCAGGUUUGUGCGUCGUGAGAAGGAGAUCGCAGAGACACAGUUUGAGGUGGCAGAGGUUGAGACACAGCGCUACAAACAACAGGUUGAACACCAGGACCGCGAGCUGAAGGAACUACAAGAGAGCCUCAACGCUGAGAGAGAGAAACUACAGCUGACAGCGAAGACCAUGGCCCAGCACGAUGAGAAAAUGAAGAGGAUGGAGAACUUAAACGUGCUGGUGGAGACCAACAAGAUGCUGAAGGRGGAGAGGGAGAGGCUGGAACAGGAGCUGCACCAGACCCAGGCUAAAGUGCGUAAGCUGGAGGCGGACAUCACUCCCCUGCAGGACUCCAACUCUGAGCUGAGUGAGAAGAAUGGCAUGCUGCAGGCUGAGAAGAAACUGUUGGAAGAGGACUGCAAACGCUGGAAGGCCCGCACACAGCAACUGGUGAGCCAGCAGAAGGACACAGACCAGGAGGAGAACAAGAAGCUGCACUCUGAGCGAGAGGCCCACCUCAAACGCAUCCAGCAGCUCUCUGAGGAGACUGGGAGACUGAAGGCUGAGGUGGCCAGGACCCAUGCGUCGGUGACCACAGCCCAGAGCCAGGCGCAGAACCUGAAGGAGAUUCUGGGCAAGGUGACCACCGAGAGGGAUGCGAAGACCCUGGACAUCCAGGAGAAGUGCAAGACCAUCACGCAGGUCAAGAAAAUCGGACGACGUUACAAGACGCAGUAUGAGGAGCUCAAAGUGCAGCACGACAAGCUGGUGGCGGAGGCAGCAGCCAAGCCAGCCCAGGAGGAGGUGCUGCAGGCCGUGCAGCAGGCCCAGCUGCAGGCUCAACAUGCCCAGCAGGCCUCUGCCCAAGAGAUCCAGAGCCUGAAGGACUCCCUCAGCCAGGCUGAGACCAAGGUCAAAGACCUGGAGGGACAACUGAAAAACGUACAGGAGACAGUGAAUGAGCGCAACACAGAGAUGGGGCGUCUGAGACAGGAGCUGACCCGGCUCCAGGAACAGUCUGCACAGGGGACACAGAGUGAAGUGACCCGGCUGAAACAGGAGCUGACCCGGCUCCAGGAACAGUUUACCCAGGCCCAGGGGACCCAGGGUGAAGUGACCCGGCUGAAACAGGAGCUGACCCGGCUCCAGGAACAGUCUACCCAGGCCCAGGGGACCCAGGGUGAAGUGACCCGGCUGAAACAGGAGCUGACCCGGCUCCAGGAACAGUCUACCCAGGCCCAGGGGACCCAGGGUGAAGUGACUCGGCUGAAACAGGAGCUGCAGGAGAAGACUGCUCACGAGGAGUCGCUACGGCAACAGAUGGCCGACAAGGAGGAGAAGACCAAGAAGGUCUUCAUGGGAGCCAAGCAGAAGAUCAACCAACUCAACAUUGCGAAGGAGCAUCUGACCAAGGAGGUGGAGGAGCUGAAGCAGCAGCGGGAGGAGCAGGAGGUGCGUCUGAGUGCUCUCAAGUCCCAGUAUGAGGGCCGUCUGCACCGACAGGACCGAGAGAUCAGGGAGCUCCGAGACCACCGUGACGAACAACCUCAGAGAGACGAGUCCCAGGACCAGGGGAAAAAUAAGACUCAGGAGCAGCAGCAGAGAGCUCCAGAACAGAGGCAGAUCAACCAGAGGACUUCCCAAGCUGCAGACAGGGGAAGUGGUUCUUCCGGCUCUUCAGAGCAGCCCCCCACUGCCAACAUCAAACCCACCACAGUGUCGGGCGGUGCCCCCAGUAAACCUUCCCCCAUCCCCGGGAACAAGUCCACCCCCAGGGCCAGUAUCCGACCCAUGGUGCCCAUAACCAUGCCCACACCCACGGCCACUGUCAUGCCCCAUACACAGUCUGAAAGCCAGGAAGUGCUGCAGUCCUCUGAGGGUGGAACCCCUGUGGAACACGUGUCUGUGUUCGGCAGCACCAGCGGCUCGGUCCGCUCCACCAGCCCUAGCGUCCAGAACAUCACACACUCUCAGUUUCAGCCAAUCAGCAGCCAGGCCACCGCCUUCGUCCAGCCAACCCAGCAACAGCAGGCCCCGCCCACCGCUGAGCCGGCCAGUCAGGAGACCGAGGCGGGCCCUAGUGGUCAAGUGGAGAGGCCCUCCACGUCUACGGCCGUAUUUGGCUCCGCUAUUGCUACAGGGGGCUCUGCUGGGCCAAAGCGUGCCCGCGAGGUGGAGCUGGAGGCUCGGGCAGAGAGCCCUGACACGGCCCUGGAGAACCCAGACGAACCACCCAUCCCCAAGAAGCUCCGUAUCAUCCAGAGAGUGGGCCUGGAGGAGGAGAAUGAAGAGGGCACUGAUGGAGAGGCUGAGGGGUCAGGGGAGAACCAGGAGACUCCAGACGGCAGUCAGGAGCUACCAGACGUGUCCUUUCCUGUACUGGGAGAGGUGGAGGAAGAGGAUGACGGGGUGUCCCAGUCUGUCCCCUCAGACCACCAGGUGACCCACCAACCCUCUGACACCCAGGACUCCAGCGAAGAGCGCCAGCCUGACGUCAUCAUCAUCGACACAGACAGCUCCAGUCGAGAAGAAGAAGAGGAAGAGGAGGAGGCAGAGCAGUAUGAGGAAGAGGUGGAGGAAGAGAAGGAGGAUGAUGAUGACGAGGACCAGGGGAUGGGAAGAGAGGAGAGCAACGAGGGGAGCGGAGACGCCAACGAACCGUUUGAAGGAGACGAGACGGGCCCUGAGACCUCGGAGCCUGCCUCRGAGAACGAGGAGAGCAUGGGAGCUAUAGACUCCACCUCCCAGAAACAGGCUGACUCGCAAAGCGGUGAGGGGAGCAGCAGUACCACCGAAUCCUUCCCCAUGGCCAUGUCCGACCCCCCCAAAGAACUACUACAGCCUACCGCUAGUACUACCAGCACUUUCUCCUUCUCUACCUCCCCCUUCUCCCCCUCCUCCAGCCUGCGCCUGCCCCAGUCCGUCCCCCGCCGACCCCCACACCCCCUGCCCCCACGCCUCUACAUCCAGCCCCCCGGCACUGAGCUGGGCCUGGGACCUCCACCCACACAGAGGCUGUCUGCGCCAAUCCGCCGGCAGUCUGUAGGCAGAGGACCCCAGCUGACGCCUGGGAUAGGCAACAUGCAACACUUCUUUGAUGACGAUGACAGGAUGGUCCCCAGUACGCCCACGCUGGUGGUGCCCCACCGGACUGAUGGCUUUGCUGAGGCCAUCCAUUCUCCCCAGGUAGCAGGAGUUCCCAGGUUCAGGUUUGGUCCUCCUGAAGACAUGCCUCAGGCCAGCUCGUCCCACUCUGACCUYGGACAGCUCGCCUCACAAGGAGGUCUGGGGAUGUACGAGAGUCCUCUGUUCCUGGCCGCUCACGACGAGGAGUCUGGAGGGAGGAGUGUUCCCACCACGCCCCUGCAGGUUGCUGCCCCAGUGACGCUCUUCAAUGAAUCCCACCCCUCUGAUGCCCAGGACAUGGCAUCCCAGUCUGUUCCCAUGGUGACAACAUCCACGAGCCACCACGGGCUGGCAGUCCCCGGCGGAGAGGCCGUCCCAGGAGAUGACGGGGACGAGGUGUUCAUGGAGGCAGAUAGUGAAGGUAGGAGUGGUGAAGCGUCCAUGGAUAGCCAGGCUGAGAUGGACUCUGCCCAGCCGUCAGACGAUGCCAGUCUGCCCUCCACAAGCCAGGAGCCCACCUCCAGCUCUGCCGACACCAGCAGUAGUGUGCAGCCCAAGCCCUCCGGCCGCCCCUUGGCCCAGCACUCUCUGCCCAUGAGGACAGCCAACAGGGGCAGGGCGCUYAUCCGCAGAGGAGGUAUGGGCUUCCUUCGAGCAGGAAGAGGCCCCUUCGGUAGAGGAAACCUACCCCGCUAAUGAUGCCAUCGUGCACUGCUCCACCCCCCUCCCUUCGUCCCAACUAUCAAUCAGUGUCUUGGUCUACUUAAAAAAUGCAGCUAAUUUGUGAUGGACUUCUUCCCUAACUUUGUGUCAGUGGAUACCAUGUGUCAGUGGAUACCAUACAUUUUAGUUGUUUUGUAUUUGUUUCAAGAAGAGUAAUUGUUCCAUUGCUUUUGUUUUUGCUAAUAAACUUUGAGAAAAAUAAAAUGUU